AUGGCCGAGAAACCCGACGUCACAGUAGCCAUUGAUCUUGGCACCACUUUCACAGGAGUUGCAUUUUUGUUCUCCAAUGGGACGAUGCAUAUCUUCAACAACUGGCCCGGAAACAAUAGCACUGGCGAAACCAAGGUCCCCAGCCGUCUUGUCUACAACCAUGACGGCACAGUAUCUUCAUGGGGUUUUUACUCAUCUGUGUAUGAUGACCCUUUACCACCUGGUAAGAAAGAGCAUCGUCUCUUCAAGAUGUUUCUUGAUAAAGAAACCUGCGAGGAGACAAGAAGAGCUGGUUUGAGUACGAUUUCUACUACGGCAGAGGCGUCGAAAUGCGCUACAGACUUUCUUCAGCAGAUAUAUCGGCACAUCAAAACUACGUAUGAGGAGAUGACAGGCGCAAACUGGACCACUUCGGCAGUGACUUUUCUUUUCAGUGUUCCCACCACUUGGAGAGGGUUAGAUGUGAGCAACACAUUCAAGGCAGUCAUUAGAGCCGCUGGCUAUGGAACUGAAGGACCUCGUCACUCAGCGCAAAUCGAUCUUACAGAAGCUGAAGCCGCUGCUGUCGACACUCUCAAAAGUGGUGCAGUCAACUUCAGCACUGGGGACGUGUUCCUCACUAUAGACGCCGGUGGUGGCACAACAGACUUUUCCUUGGUCCAAGUUACUAGCAUUGAAAAUGGAAGGACACAGAUGUCGCAGAUCGCCGAAGUUGCUGGUAUCGGAAUCGGCUCAACUCUUAUCGACUCUGCUUUCGGCAAGCUUGUCCAGGAGCGUCUGGCUAAUUGCCCUGAUGUGCCGUUCAGUAUUGCGAAUGGCCUUGCCGAGAACAUGAUGAAGAGUGAGCGAUUCAAAGUUGUCAAGCAUCUUUUUGGUGACCCUGCAGCCAUCGCCAAUUCUCACAAGAUUCCCAUGCCUGGUGUCCCAAACAACUUUAGACAUGCCCAGCUUGGUGCUGAUGGAGGGUGCAUGAAAUUUGAUAAGUAG